UUGUUUUCAACGCUGAUUUGACAUUUGGCGCGUUCAGUGAAAAGUCGAGUGAUAAACGUAAGUGCUCAUUUAUUUAAGAUAAAUAUGGUCUUUUCUGAAACAUACGCGUCUCUGUAUAACUGACAUGGUCCUUUUAUAUGAAUAAAUGGAUCGAUACAAUGAUGUUAAAAUCCUCCUGAAGAAAUGGGAACAGUCUUUCUUCCAAACAAACAACAGAAAACCUAAUAAGGACGACAUCGAUAAAGCUCCAGAGGAGACGAGACAACUCUAUAAAGAAUACCGUUCUCUUAAAGAAGCAAAAGAAAGGAAUGGCACUGGGCAGGAGGAGCACACAAAACCCCCAAAGAGUCAGCCUUCUACAGCUGAAUCUGGAUGCUGGGGGUCUCACCUCAACCGAAAGAGUCUGCCGGCUGCUGUACCAAAACUGUCAUCAGAUGACAAAGAGACGCUGAAAGCUUCAGCUCAGUACUUUGGCAUGAAGUUGAAAAACAAUCUUGGAGCUUUAACAAAGGAGCGAUCUUUUUCUCUGAAGAAAGCAACAACCCCUCGCCGAACACCAGCAAAACCACUGAAAGACGCUCCAGACUCCAGUGCAGCACCGACAGAUGUAGACACUCACACACCAAAGCCAGCUAACAUGUGUCCAGACCCCAGCGCUCCUCCUGUACAGACGGCAAGCAAAGAGUUUGAGGACGAGCCAUCAGAUCCCUUUCCAUCCAUAACCCCCUCCAAAUCCUGGUCUCCAGCUGUGGGCUCUGCACACAAGAGCUUGGAGAAGGUCCAGUUUCUAAAGCAGUCCAUGACCAAGAGGUUUUCCUCUGUGGACACGGACUGGCUUGCACGCUGCCAGGUUUUCGAUGAGGUGGAAGAACCUCAGAAACCUGUUGCUGGGAAUUCAGAGCUGUCACAAAUCGAAAACAGUGUCUUACAACCUACUGUUAAAAGCGAAACUGCGUCAAAUGAGGAAUUGGGCUCCCCGGGGCCUGAUGGUGAACAGGUAUAUCAAAAAAAUGCGUCAAAUGAGGGUCAGACAUCUCCUAAGGCUUCACUGGAGAAGAAGAAAUCUUCCUUGUCAGAGGAUGGUGUACAGAAAGGUCCAGUAGUAUCUUUAGUAAGGAACAAUGUGGUGGAUGCAGAAUUGGGCUCCCCGGGGCCUGAUGGUGAACAGGUAUAUCAAAAAAACACUGCGGCUCUCAUGAGAGAUGACGAGGCCUGUUCAGAGGAGCCUAAAUCUGCUUCAAACGCUAAGAAACGCAAACCCAGGGCUAGAAAAGAUCAAGACUCAGGUGACCGAGCACAGGCCGAAGGUGGCAAAAAGACCAAAGGUCGAAAAAGACAGAGGGAGGGUGAUGAUGAUGACGUGCACGAAUCUGAGGAGCAGGAAGGUGGAGUGAAAAAGAGAAGGAGAACUAAGAAAGGAGAGGCAGCUGGAGAGGAUCAGCCCAAAAAAGGAGGAAAGAGGAAAGGAAAAGUCGAGGAGGAGGAUGAUACUGCCAGUUCAGAGAAAAAAACAACCCAGAAACGAGCAAUUCCUCAGGAGAAUUUGCUGGGAGAAGUGGAUGAGGAGGAGGCCAGAGCCGCUGCAUAUACAAUGAAGAACACAGUCAGGGUCAGGCCAACCAAAAACACAGAUGGGAACUUUGUGAAAAUCAAUUUAAAGAAGAAGUCCCAUGUCAAGGGAUUUGCUUUGAGAGGAGCUGUGCUAAGGAAACAGAUUUACAUGCAGAAGUUCCAGCUGAAAGGCGAGCGGUUUGGGGGCGGAGUCGGAAGGGGCAGGGGGCGGUUCGGUGGCUUCAAUCGUCAAGGCGACACCUGCUACAAGUGCGGCGGGACGGGUCACUGGGCACGAGACUGUCGAGGAAGAGCUCCUGUUGUGAGUUCUGCAGAACAGCAGGAAACCCAAGUAGAGGAGGAGGAGUUUGAGCUGCCCACUCUGGAGGAAGUUGCUCGGGCGACAGGAACUCUGCGGUCGGAGCCUAUCGCGGCCCCUCCCUCUGUGGGCGGAGACUCCUCUGAGAAGGAGGAUCAGGGGGCGGAGAUACUGCUCAAUAUCAUCAGACCAGAUUAUGAGCGGCCCACCCCUCCUCCACCUAUGGAGCCGCUCUACAGACCAAAGGAUGAUGGGAAAGUUCAAGAUGUCUCGCCAGAGGUGUACGAAGCACUUCGAGACUUUGGUUACAAGUCCUUCAGGCCUGGUCAGGAGACGGCCAUCAUGAGGAUCCUUUCAGGUCUGUCCACAUUAGUGGUUUUGUCCACUGGUAUGGGCAAAUCUCUGUGCUACCAGCUUCCUGCGUACCUGUACGCCCAGAGGUCAAAGUGCAUCACGCUGGUGGUGUCUCCUCUGGUGUCUCUGAUGGAUGAUCAGCUCUCAGGACUCCCGCCGAAGCUGAAAGCCGCCUGCAUCCACUCCAUCAUGUCUCGGAAACAGAGAGAAGCGGCUAUUGAGAAGGUGAAGGCCGGUCAGGUGCAUGUCCUGCUGUUGUCUCCUGAAGCUCUGGUUGGCGGAGGUCACUCGGGGUCAGGAUGCCUCCCUCCUGCAGACCAGCUCCCUCCUGUGGCCUUCGCCUGUAUCGACGAGGCUCACUGUGUGUCUGAAUGGUCACACAACUUCCGGCCCUGUUACCUGAGACUGUGCAAGGUGCUCAGGGAUCGGUUGGGUGUGCGCUGUCUGUUGGGUCUCACUGCCACGGCCACUUUGUCCACAGCGCUGGACAUCGGCCGACAUCUGGACAUCAGCGAUCAAGACGGAAUCGCCGUCCGUUCUGCUGCUGUCCCUCACAACCUCCAGUUGUCCGUGUCCAUGGACAGAGACAAAGAGCAGGCUCUGGUGUCUUUGCUGAAGGGCGAACGCUUUGGCGCUCUAGAGUCGGUUAUCAUCUACUGUACCAGGCGAGAGGAGACGUCCCGUAUCGCUGCACUGCUGCGCACCUGCCUGCAGGGGGUGAUGUUGAGAGAGUCCUCCAAACCAGCACCAGAGGAUGAGGACGACAAUCCUGUAGGGAAGAAGAAGAAAGCACUUGCCAGGAAAAAGAUCCGUAAGCCUCUGAAGUGGAUUGCAGAGGCGUACCACGCCGGGAUAUCUGCUUCAGAGAGGCGGCGAGUGCAGAAUAACUUCAUGUGCGGGGAGCUGCGUGUGGUAGUGGCCACCGUGGCCUUUGGUAUGGGGUUGGACAAGUCAGACGUGCGUGGGAUCAUCCACUACAACAUGCCCAAAAGUUUCGAGAGCUAUGUGCAGGAGAUUGGCCGAGCAGGACGCGACGGACACCCAGCACACUGCCAUCUGUUUCUAGACCCAGAGGGUGCAGACCUGCAUGAGCUGCGCAGGCACAUCUACGCAGACACAGUGGAUUUUUAUACAGUGAAGAAACUGGUGCAGAAGGUUUUUCCUCCAUGUAAAUGCAGACAGAUUCAGCAGAAGCAGCAGGAUUUUGCACAGGCUGCAGAAGUAUCUGACAGUGAGUUACUGGAGAUGGAGGUUUGUGAAGACACUGAUCCACACCAGCAGCAGCUGUCCGAGACAGUGACUCCCACAGACCAACAACCACCGCAGACACACACUCCACAUGAGCACAACAAACCAACUCAGACGACAGAGGAGAGCGACGGCGGUCUGAAACUGAGUGACGUGCGAGUACAGCGUGCGUGUCACACACAUGAGAGAGCCAUUCCCAUGCAGGAGACCGUGGAGACCCUCGACAUCACGGAAGAGAGUCUGGAGACCCUGUUGUGUUACCUGGAGCUUCAUCCUCAGCAGUGGGUGGAGCUUCUUCAUCCGACGCUCUCCAUCUGUAAGCUGCAGUUUUACGGCGGUCCGCAACAACUCCGCAAAAUCACCAAACUGUGUCCACCGGUCGCUGUGGCUCUGGCGCGCAAACGCAUGGCAGGGGAGCGCGUGGAGUCAUGUGACACUCUGGAGUUUGACGUGGUGGAGCUGGCGGACACUAUGGGCUGGCAGCUUCCUCUGGUGAAGAGAGGAGUGAGACAGCUGCAGUGGGGUUCAGACACAGGUUCAUAUGGAGGCACAGGACGGAGCGGUGUCCAUGUGGAGUUCUCAGCGCUGUCCUUCUAUUUCCGCUCAUAUGGUGACCUGGCGGCGGACGAGCUGGACGCGGUUUGUGCGUUUCUGCACGGCAGAGUGAUGGCACAGGAGAGGACUCAGCUGUACCAGCUCAAAACCUGCUUCAAAGCCUUCCGCAGCAUUGCGUACCGUAACUGCAGUCAGUGUAUGGAUGAUCUGGAGGAAAGCAGGAGCCAGGCUCUCAAAGAGCUGCUGCGCCAUUAUUUCGACAAGAGGAGAAACCUGGACCUGAGCAAACACUAUCAGGAGGAAGAGGAGGACGAGGAGGAAGAGCUCAACAAAUGCAAGAUGAGGGACUGGGAGGCUCAGAUCUGUGCGGACAUCAGAGGCUUCCUGUCCAAUCGCAGCGAUGAGAAGUUCUCCGGUCGAGCCGUGGCCAGAAUCUUCCAUGGCAUCGGAAGUCCGUGUUAUCCAGCGCAGACGUACGGACGUGACCGAAGAUACUGGAGGAAAUAUAUUCAGUUUGAUUUCAAUGAGAUCAUUCGUUUAGCUACACAGGAGAUCAUUAGAACGAGGUAACAUGAUCUCACGAUGCUAGAGUCUGAAUUUAUUUAUUUGUGCUGUUUGUCACUCUUUUAAAUGUUCACAUGUUUUGUUUUAUAACUUUAUAUACAAUAAAGACUGUUUUCCAGA